AUGAAUGAAUUUAUACCUUCAUUAAAUAAAAAUUUUGAUGAAAGAAAAACAUUGAAAAAUUCAGAAAAUAAUAAGUUUUUAAAUACAAAAAAGGAAGUCUGUAAAUCAUUAAACAACACUAUAUGCAAUAAUUUGGUUUCUUUGAAUAAAUAUGAGGACAUAUUUAUUUCUAAUGAGAACUCUAGUAGUAUAGCUAAUGUAGGUAAAUAUGAUAAUGAUUUUCAAAAUUUAAGAAAAUCAAACAAUAUUAUAUCUGAAUUAAAACUUAACAAAGAUAUAUUGAAUAUAAAUAAAUAUGAAUUUGAAAACGAAGAGGUUUUUUCAAGUACAAAUGAUCUUGCAGAAUCAUUAGAUAGUAUUAAUUUAACAUACGAUGAUGCAGAUGAAAAAGAAAAAAAAAAUGAUUUUAAUAAUAAUGAUGAUAAACAUAAUUGUGAAGUUAUAAUAAGAAUAAAACCUAGAAAAAAUAUAAAAAUAAAUGAAGAUGAAAUAAAAAAUAUAAGUUAUCAUGAUGAUAAAAAUAUAAAAUAUAAUAACAACUGUAUUUACAUGCAUAAUACAAAUUUUUUGUUUGAUAGAGUAUUUCCAGAAGAAACAAAACAAGAGGAAGUUUAUUCUUAUUUAUCUAAUAAAUUUUUAAAUAAUUUAUUUGAAGGAUACAAUUGCACUAUAUUUGCAUAUGGACAAACAGGAUCAGGAAAAACAUUCACUAUGGGUUUUGAUUACAUGAACGAAAUUUCUGAUAAUAUUGGAAUAUUGCCUAGAUUUUUAGAUGAUAUGUAUAAAAUUAUUGAAAAAAAAAAAAGGAACAACAUAAAUUUUGAUGUAUCAUGUACAUAUAUAGAAAUUUAUAAUGAAGAAAUAGUAGAUUUAAUUGAUUUUGAUGAAGUUAGUUAUGAUGUAAAAUUAAAUAAGAAAAAUGGUAAAAAUAAAAAAAAAAGUAAAAUAAAUAAAAAUAUAUCUAUCAGAGAAGACAUUAAUAAAAAAGAAAUAAUAUUAAUGGGAAUAAAAAAUGAAAAAGUUGAAAAUGUACAAGAUGUUUUUUCCAUAUUACAUAAAGGGAAUUUAUAUAGAACAACGGAAAAAACAUUUAUGAAUGAUAAAUCAAGCAGAUCUCAUGCUAUAUUUACAAUUAAUUUAAUUCAGAGAAAAAAUAUAAUAGAAAAAAAAAAAAAAAAGGAAGAGAAAAAUAAUGAAAUAAGCCUUAAUAAUAAUGAAAAAAAUGAAGACUAUAAUGAUAAUACUAUGGAUAAUGUAAAUAAUGGAAAUGAUACUAAUUAUGAAAAUGAUAAAAUUAAUAAGGAAGAAAUAAUUUGCUCUAAAUUUCAUUUUGUUGAUUUAGCUGGUAGUGAAAGAGCUAAAAGAACAGAAACACAAGGUAAUAGAUUAAAAGAGGCAAUAAAUAUUAAUUAUGGCUUACUUUCAUUAAGUAAUGUUAUUUAUAGUUUAUCUAACUAUAAAAAGAAUCAACAUAUUCCAUAUAGAAAUUCUAAACUAACAAGAAUUUUACAGGAUUCUCUUGGAGGGAAUAGUAAAACAGUUAUGAUUGCUUGUAUAAGCAUUGAUCCGAAAGACUUUUAUGAAACAUUAAGCACAAUUAAAUAUGCUUCAAGGACUAAAAAAAUUAAAAAUAAUCCUAUAAUUAAUUAUGAUGUCAAUAGCUUAGUAAUAAACGAAUUAAGAAAGCAGUUAUAUAACCUAAAUUUGGAGUUAAAAAAAUAUAAAGUAGGAUCUAAAGAUAAAUCUAACGAAUUAGAAAUUAAUGCUAAAUUUAAAGAAAUAAUAGAUCAAAAUAAUAUGUUAAUACAAAAGAUUAAGAAAUUACAAAAAAAAAGGAAAAAAUUAAUUUGUCUUAUAUUUUAUUAUUUGACAUUAUUAAAAAAUGAAAAUAAAUUUUCUCAUAAUACAAAUGAAAACUCUAAUACUGUGAUAAAACAAGAUUUUUUUUUGAAUUUUUCAAAUAAAAAAGAAGAUUGUUGUAAUAAAAACUCUAAUGAGGUUGAGGAUUUUCAUGACAAGAAAAUUUAUAAUGAAGUUUCAAAAAGUACAUCAUUAAAUAUAUGCAAAUCCGAAAUUUUUAAUAAUCAUAUGCAUUGUGAUGAUUUAAAAAAUAGUAACAUUAUUAAUAAAGUGAAUAAUUAUAAUUUGAGUUGUGACUCUUUUUUUCUUAAAAAUAGUCAAUAUAUUUCUGAUGAUACAAAUAAAAAUGCCUUUAUUGAAUAUUACAAGUUAAUUCAUGAAAAAAAUAAAAUUAAUAAUAGUAAUAAUAAUUACAACAAUAAUGAUAGCUUUAUAACAAUAUGCAACUCUGAUUUUAAAACAAGCGAUUCUAUUAGUAAUAACUUAUGUGAUUUAUAUAUUAAUAAGAAUAAUAAUGAAAUAAAUUUUGAAAAAAAUAGUAAAAAAGAACAUGAUAUUAUUAUAAAUAAUAAUUCUUAUGAUAUAAAUAAGAUAGAGAAAAGUGUUUAUAAUGAAAAUAUUUUUUUAAAAAAUGAAAUUAAUGAAAGUAAUAAAGAAAAUAUAUAUAAAAAUAAUAAUCAAGAGAAUAAUAAUAACAAUGGUAAUACAUCGAAUAUAAAUGAUACACUGAAUAAAAUAGAAGAACCAAAAAAUAAUACCUUAUGUAAUGAUUCGUUUAAUAAAAAUUAUAAAAUAUGUGAAUUAUGUGAGAAAAAAAAUACAAUUGGAAAUGAAGACUAUAGCUCUGAUUUUAAUUCUUUUGAGAAAACUCAUUUAUUUGUAAAUUUUGCAGAGGAUAAAAAAAAUGUGGAGAAAAUAUUCAGGCAGUAUGAAUUGAACCAUUAUAAUGAAAAAAAAUUGAAAGAUUUAAAUAAAAAAUAUAAUAUAUUAUUUGAGAAAAAUAAAUCUUAUGAAAAAAAAAUUGAGGAAUUAAAAAAAGUGAUUAAGAGAGUGAAAAAAUAUUCAAAGACAGAAGAAAAAAAUAAAAAAAAAAAAAAAAAAAUGAAGAAAAAUGUUAGGGAAGAUCAUUAUAAUUCCAAUUUGUUAAAAAAGUUACUUUUUCAUCAUAUGAAUGAAAAUGAUUUUUUUUUCAAAUAUAAAAGAAAUUGUUUCAGUGAUGUAGAGUUUGAAAGGGAAAUAAAAAAUAAAAUGUUAACACAUUUUAUAAAAAAAAAAAGUUGUUCAGACACUGAAAUUAGUAAUAAAAAUGAUCAAUUUUUUAGUUAUAUAAAAAAUAAUUGUUAUAAUAGUAUUAAAAAAAUGGAUGUACUUUAUAAUUUGUAUAUUGAUCAUAAAAAAGGAAAAUUUUUUUCAUUGAAUAAAUAUUGUAAUAAUAUAACAGAAAACAAUUAUAAAGAUGGUAGAAAAAAUAGUCUAGAAAGUUUUUAUAGUUCUGAAAAUAAUAGCUCAUCCAAGUUUUUUUAUUCAAAUAAUAACAUUGAUACUAACUACUUUGAAAAUAAAGAUAAAAUCAGUGACUAUGCAAAGAAGGGAAAUACAAGAAAAAAAAUAAUGGAAGGAAUGAAAGAGCAUAAUUAUAAUAAAAAAAUUAAAAAAAAAAAUUUAGAUAUAAUAGAAUAUUUAGAUAAAAAUAAAAUAAAAAAUUAUUUUAUUAAUGAACAACACACAUUUGAUAAUUCCUCAAAUGAAGAUAUAAAUUACAGUAACAAUUCCCCCAAAUUCCUCAAGAAUAAACUCUAUAAAUUACAAAAAAUUAUAAAGGAGGAGUUAAGUAAAUUUAAAAAAGUUAAUAAAGAAAAAGAAGAAUAUAACGCCAAAAAUGAACUUUUAACAAAUAACAUAAUGAACUUAAAAAAAAAACUACAUUAUCUACAAGUAAACAGCCAAACCGAUAAAAACAGCAAAAAAAUAGAAAAUAUGAAAAAUGAAAUAUUAAAAAUAACAAAUGAAAAACAAAAAAUUCAAAAAAAAUUAAAUGAUAAUGAACAAAAAAUAAAACAUUUAAAGGUAGAUAUUAUGAAAAUGAAAAAUAAUUUUUUAAAAACAAGUAAGAUACUAAAAGAAGAACAAAGAAAACAUAAUAAUAUUAUACGAAAAAAAGAAAAUAUUAUAACAAAGUUACAUGAAAGAGAAGAAAUUUUUAUAAAUAAAUUAAAAAAAAAAGAAGAAAUAAAUAAACAAGCAUAUUCUAAAUUAUUGAAGAGAAACCAAGAACUAAAUGAAGAAUUAAGAAAAUUAAAAAAAAGAGGAACAAAUAAUAAAUUGAAAAAAAAAAAAAAAAAAAAAGUAGAAAAUUCUACUGAUAUUAAUAAAGAUAAAGAAAUUCCUUCUUCCAAAUAUACUGAUAAAAAAAAGUUAUAUAAAACUAUUACAUCUGAUGAGAUAUACGACACUACUGAUAGCAAAAAUUAUGAACUAAGAGAUGAUUUCAUAAUGUCUUCAAGUAGUAUUUUAUCUAAUGGAUUAAAUGAUUCAUAUUUAAAUUCUAAUUCAUCUUUUUAUAAUUUAGAUGACUUUUUUUCAGACUACUCUCCUUUUAAGUACAGUAAGGAAGAAAAUUUGUAUCAGUAUAAUUCUAAGAAGGAUAUAAAAGUUAAAAAUUACUUAAAAGGAUUUUUGAAAAAAAAAAAAAAAUUGUCUUCAAUAAAAUUAAAGCUAGAAAAAGAAAAAGACAUGAAUAAAUACAUUAGAAAAGUUUUGCAAGCAUUAUAUUUAAAAAAGAAAAAUGAAAAUGAGCAUCUUAGUGAAAAAAAUAGUUUUUCAGGGGGAACAUCUGAUAAAAAAAUGAAGGAAAUAAAAGAUAAUAUAGAAAUAAAAGAAUGCAAUAAUUUAAAUGAGAAUCAAAACAUUGACUUAGUUGAAAAUAAAGAACAUAAUUUAAAUAAAGAUAAUGAAGAUUUAGUAUUUAUUAAAAGUUAUGUAAAUGAAUUUCGUAAUAAAGAUAUAGAUAAUUCUACAUAUAUAUAUUCUAAAGAAAAAAUUGAUGACGAUGUUUUAUAUUAUGAAAAUAAGUUAAGUCAAUCCAAUGAACUAAUAAAAAAAUUAAAAAAGCAUUUUAACACAAAAAGGGAAGAAAGUAUUUUACAAAAGAAUGUAAAAUACCUGCUUAAACAGUUAUAUUAUAAUUUUAAAAAAAGAAAAGAAAAUGAGAAAAAGGUGAAAUCUUUAAAAAAAUUUAUAUAUUCAGAAAAUUUGUUCAUAUCGAAAAUUUAUAAUAAUUUCUUUUAUCUUAGUAACACAAUAAAUAACUCAAAUAUAUCAAUUUAUAAUAAUUAUUUAAAUAAUAUUGUUCACUUAUAUUCUAAUGAAAUAAAUAAUGUUCCUUCUAAAUCGAAAAACUUAAAUUUGUCAAAUAUUUAUAAUUCUAAAGAAAAUAAUACAAUAGAUGAUAUUCUAUUGUUACAUAAUUAUGAAAAUUAUAAAAAGGAUUUUUCAAAAAAUUUAAAUGUUUCAUUAUUUGAUAGCAAGAGGAGACAUACAUUUAGUAGUCCAAGAGAACUUGGUGAAAAUUCUGAAAAAAAUAGUAAUACUAUAAAUUUAAAAAAGAGAAGUUAUAAAAGUAGAUUAAUGGAGAAUAUUUAUUUAGAUCAUUUUAAUAAAAAAAGAAUAAUAUUAUCAAAAAAUAGCAAUUUUUUUGUUAAUAAUGAUUAUACAAAAUAUAAUAAAAGAUAUUCUGACUGUUUAAAUUUAAAUAAAAAUGUUAAUAAUUAUUCUUAUGUGAAUAAAACGAUGACUAUUCUAAAGAGCUUAGAUAAUUUAAACAAUUUUGAAAAGGUAAAGUAUAAAUCAAAUUUAGGAAAUGAAAAUUUCAAUUUAAACCCACUUGAAAUUAUAAAUAAUAAAAAUAAUAGAAAUUUGUCAACUAGAUAUAUCUGUGAAAACAAAGAAAUUUUUGAUAAAAAAUUAUUUUAUAAUGAAACAGAGGAUAAUAUACUUUGUAAUUAUAAUGUGAAAAGGAAAACAAUAGACAAUUGCUUUCUUUAUAUAAAUAAAGACAAUAACGAAAAUUUUUAUCAUUAUAAUAAUUUUUCAGAUUGUAAUAAUGAUAAAGAAAAAAAAAAUGAAAAAAAAAAAGAUUUCAUAGAACAGGAAUUAAAGAAUAACUUAUGCGAUAAAUAUAAUGAAGAAUAUUAUGAAAUUAAUACAACAAAUGAUAAAAAUUAUUCAUAUAAUAAUAUAUAUGACACACAUAAUACCUUGUCAAAAAUUCCUUUAAAUUCUACGGAUAGCAAUGAUCUCUUAAAAGAUAAUAAAAAUAACAUAAUAUUUUCACAUAAUGAAAAUAAUUUCAAUGACUUAAAAGUUAUAAAAAACAACAGUUCAGAUUCUAUUUAUUUAAAUGGUAAUUCAUAUAUUUGCAAAAAUAAUAUAAGAGAUAAUCAUGAAAUAAAUAACACGUUAAUAAAAAACUAUAUUAAUAAUGAAGAGUAUUCUUUGAAUAAUAUAUUAGAAGACAAUACAUGUACUAUUUCAGAUAUAAACAACAGCACAAAAAACACAUUAAUUCAAGAAAAUAUUUUGUCUGUAAAUAAUGACAAUAGUAAAAGUAAAACAAAAAUAAAAAAAAGUGUUUCAUAUGAUAAGAAUAAAGAACAUCUGAAUGAUAAUAAAUUUGAUUUUAGUAUUGUUUCAAAAAAAACUAAUAUAUGUGAAAAUGAAAAAGAUACAAAUUUAAAAAUAGCUCAUAAAUUAGAUACCCAUAUUUUCGAUGGAGUAAAAAAUAAAGAACAGAGAAAGUGUCAUGCAGAGUCACCAAAUUCUGAUAAUAAAAAAUACAGUGAACAUAAUAAAAAUAUUUCUAAAGAAAAAGAUAAAAAUUUAAAUAACGUUUUAGAUGAAGUCAAUUUUAUAAAAAAAGAAAACAUAACAAAUGAAGAUACAAAGAAUAAAAAGAAAGUAUUUGAUGAAAUAGAAGAAAUAAAAAUUAAUGAAAGAGAAAAUUCAACAGAUAGUGAAACAAAUGUAGUAAAAAAAGAAAAUAUAAAUAAUUUUAUUGCAAAUAAUUCUGAAGAUAGAAUACCUUCUAAUUUAAUAAAUAAAACUUAUUCUACACAAUUAGGUGAAGAUACAAUAUUAAUUAAAGAAAAAAGUAAUAUUAAUUAUAAUGAAGUAGUUGAAAACAAUUUACUUUCUGGAUUAAAUAAAGUUGAUAUGAAAAAAAAAGAAAGUACAUAUGAUAAUAAUAUAAAUUUUUCUAAAAAUAAAAUAAAUGAUUCACCGACAGUUGGAUCAUUAAAUAAUUUAAAUAUCAUUGAUAGUGAAUUAGAAGGAAAAAUCAUUAAUAAUUCUGAUAAUAUAGGUACAUAUGAUAAUUUAAGUUCCCAAAGAAAUUAUAAAACUAUAUGUAUCAAAAAUUGUCACAAAUAUGGAGUAAGUGGUUUAUGUGUUAAAGAAAUAAAUAAUAAAAAAUUAAAAUUCUUAAGUAGUUCAAUAAAUAAUAUAAAGUUGUGGGAUGAUAACAGAUUUAUAUGGAAUUAUGAUCAUAAUGUUUUAAAAAAUGAAAAAAGUACUUUUAUCAAUAGUUUAAUUAUAUCUUUUCAAAACAAUUGUUUUUUCGCAGGUAUUAACAGUUAUGUACAUUUGUUUGACAUUAGAAUGAAUCCUAAUUUUAUACAAAAAUAUUAUUAUAGUGAUAAAAAUGAUACUAGUUUAUUAAUUUCUUUGCUGAACAAUAAAUCCGAUUAUAUUCCUCUAGUGUUAAGAAAUAACAAAUUACCAACUCCUUAUAAUUUUGAAAGUAAGUGUGAUAGCAAUCUCAAUUCUUUCAGUAAUAAUGAUGACACUAAUAAAAACGAAGAGAAUUUUAAAAUAGGGAAAAGUUUGAAUGAAAAUAAUUCCUUAGUAAUAAAUGAAAAUCGUACUGAUAAUGAAAAUUGUGUAAAAAUAAAAAAGGAAAAAGAAGAAAAAAAAUGUUAUAACAUUAUCAAUGAAAUGUAUAUUGAUGAAGACGUAAAAGAUAAAUUAAAAACAUUAAAAGAAGUUGAGAAAUUUCAAUCAGAAUAUUGUAUAUGUGCAUGUGGAAGUGAGAAUUUUAUAAAAGUGUUUGAUAUUAGAAAAAAUGAUGAUAAUAUGUGGCUGGCAAAAGUACCAAUAACAAAUAAAAUUGAAUAUAUAACUCAUAUUCCGAUAAAGAAAAAUAUAAAAAAUAUUAUAAAAGAUUCUAAUAUACUAAAAAACAUAAUAAUAGCAAGUAGAGAUAAAACUGUGAAAAUAUGGAAGAAGGGAUGGGUAUCUUUUUAUCCUCCUUCAUAUGAUUGGUGUACUUCUCUUUCUCAUUUUGAUGUUAAUGAUUUGAUGAAUAAUAAAUAUCCCUUUAAUUUUAUUAAUAAGUACAAUGAAAAUAAAGAUGAUUUGUUUAAUUAUGAUUCUUUAAUUGUAUCUGGAAGUAGAGAUUCUCAUCUUCGUUUUUGGCUUUAUUCUAAUGAUAAUACAACAAAUGAAUUUAAUAGAUUUAUGAAAAUUAUUAAAAAUGCUCACUUAGUAGAUAUAACAAGUAUAUCUAAAUAUCAACAUAACAACUUCAUAACAACAGAUAGGGAUGGAUAUAUACAAAUAUGGAAUUGUAAUUUAUCAUUUAAUGAAGGAGAAAAAUCAUUACCAGACUUAGAAUUUUAUAAAAAUCAAUUGAGUUUAACUGUAAAUAAAAUAGGAAAAACUUUUAGACAUUCAUCAACUGCUAUAAAUAAAAUUGUUUGCUAUGAAAAUAAUUUUUUAACUGCAUCUAGUGAUGGAUCAAUUAAAAUGUUUUGUGAAAAAUAA